AUGGCUUCGACUGUUCCUCGCUGUCCUCAGCGGCAUGCUGCAGUCGUCGACACCUCGGAGAGUUCACCUACAGCUCAUGAGCAAUGUGAGCAGAUGCGCCGUGAGAGCGAAGAGUUGUGCUUCCUGAGGCAGCUCAAACCAGCUCACGGGAAGGCGGUGGCCGCGCUGAAGAUGGCCACCGAGACUUACGGGAAGAACUCGCUGCGCCUCGUGCCCUUUUACCUCGUCCUGGUCGACAUCUCGCUUCGAGAGAGGCAGCUCAAGCCAGCUGAGGAGGUCCUGUCGCUCGUGAAUUGGCUGCUGGUCAAGGAUCGCAAGGCUGGCCCCGACACCAUUUCUUCAGGGAUCCUCUUGGGGGCGGCGGUGUCUCUGCCUGAGCUGCCCGAAGAGAUGAAGAAUCUCUUCGUGAUCCGCAUGAACAAGCUCUACAGCCUGCUGCACUUGGAGUACGGCGCGUUCUCCGAAAGCUUACAGCGAGCGGCACACGGAGCUUAUCACUGCUCGCUACUCUUCGGCCCUGACCACCUGUACACCUCGGAGCUCUACUUCUGCCUCGGCCUGGCCUUCCACCGGAUGCAGCGUGCUGCGGUACGGCAGCAACAAGCCCAAGCUCAAGCUCAAGCUCAAGGUCAGCAGGAGUCACCACAACACCAACGCGAGUUGCAGCAGCGCAACCAGCAGAACGAUAGCGCGCUGGCCAUGCUCGACAAGGUGGUGGAUAUCUGGUACCGCUUCCUGACCAACCCGCCGGAGGACACGGCCGCCUGGAUGCUGGAGCACCAGCGUCUACGGAUCCAGGAAGCCAGCUCCAUGCUGCAGCAGAUCGUCAAUAUCCGCCAGAACUUGCUGGGAGCGAAACACGUUGCUACAGGCGAGGUGCUGUACACACUGGGGCUGCUGUUCCUCUUCCUGGGCGAUCACGGCCAGGCGAAGGCCUUCGUGAAGCAGGCACUGGACAUCUACGUCGACGCACUGGGACCCGAACAUCCGUCGACUGUGGACGUGGUGAGUGUGCUUCACCAGUUGGACGAAGCUGGAGUCUAG